CCGAUUUUAUUGCCUUUGAGCCAACUUCUUUCCACAAUUACCUUUGUGCAUUCCAGAGUGUUAUGGAGAGUUUUAGUUCAGACUUUGCAGUUCUUUGGUGCCAUCCCACUGGAGCUGCCCACUGAGGGACAACAUGAAAGUGGACUGGAGUCACAUUCAUGGUUCCUCAGUGAUGUCUACCACAGUUCAAGUCAAGAUAAGGCCUCCGAGAAGUUAGAAGGUAACAAUGUUGGUGCUGAUAUUGUGAAUAAAAAGGUUUAUCUUUUAUUUCCUGAGGAAAUAGAAGAAUUCUCAAAACACUUGGAGGUUCUUAUUGUUAAGCUUUACUUGACGACUGAGCUAUGUUGGAAUCUUCAUCAUCAACUAUCUAAGAAGAGGACUAUUACAUCAACAGAGUGUUUUAUGUACUCAAGAUUCUUGGCAUCAAUUGCACAAAGAGUUAAUGACGCUCAAGGAAAUGAUUCUGAAAUUUCUUUCCCAUCUACGUCAGUUGACCAGUUCCCUGAUCAUUGGAGGAUUGGUAUAGAAGUAAUUUCUGAGACCAUUCUGACCCUUCAAGAAAACAGAUGCUGGGAAGUUGCUUCUGUUGUGCUUGAUUGUGUACUUGCUGUGCCCCAUGAGUUUGGCCUUAAUAAUGUGAUUGGCUCCAUCUGUUCUGCAAUAAAAAGUAGUUCUUGCAAUGCACCGAAAAUUGCUUGGCGCUUGCAGAGUGAUAAAUGGCUAUUGAUUUUACUUACCAAAGGUGUCCAUUCCCUCAAGGAAUGCGAGGUUCGUCAUCCUGAUUCGUUCUGUAAAAUUAUGUGGGUCAUCCUGAAUCUGAGCAACGAUCUAUAGCCCUUAAGCUCUUAGGAAAACUUGUUGGUCAUGAUUUGAGUGGAGGAACUGCCCUU